GUCCAUCACUCCAUGUCUCCAUCCGUAUUCUGUAGACAAAAAAAAAACUGAAGUACGAGUGCAAGUGCCGAACGAAGUCCGAAGAAACGCAGAAAGCCAGAAACGUCACCGGAAGAAACAAGAGAGACGACUGCCCGACUCGCCACCUCUACCGCCGGACCUGCACGGCUCCACCCUCCAAUUUUGCUGAUGAAUCCUCAAGACCGGCCCUGACUAGGAGUAUUUGUUUGUAUGAUGGACUAACACGAAACACCAAAGACCACUUUUGGAAUUUACUCAAAACUAUAUAUAGCCAAGGAAUAAUUUUUAAUGCUCUAGCUAUGGUUUCCUUUUCAGCUUAUUUUAUUUUAGGUGAUUGAGUAUACUAUAUUAACUUGCUUUCUUCUGAUGUUGGCUUCUUGUGGAUCCACUGUAUGGACUUUUGCUGAUUGAAUUGUAAGUUAUAAUAUUUAAUUUUUUUUAAAUCCAAACCAUUGAGAUGAAUAUAUUCAAAUGUGGUUCCUUAAUAACAGGCGUGAAGGGCUUGUUUUCCUCCCUCCAGUUUUAAUUACCCACUAAUCUAUUUUAGGAUAUAGUGAGUUAGUUGUCCACUCGCCUUAUUUAGAAUUAGUAUUAAAAUUUGGAGGAAGUACGAAGCACGUCAUUGAGGGGAAAUAGACUUGUACAUGAACUUUAAGAUGGCAUUGAACCAAGUGAUAAACAUAGGUGGAAGUUUUUUCAAUUAACCACAUUUCCCUAAAUUUGAGGGGUUGGAACCAUUGAACAACUAAAUACGAAUGGAGGUAGUAGAGAGUAAUUCAUUAGUUUCGUUCUACUUGUGUUUUGCUGCCAACCCCCCAAUACAACUAUCUUAGAAUAAUCUAUAACCAGUGACACUUAGAAAAAGUGACCCGUAAAUAAACAAGAUCCUACUUGAAAUUUAGACUUUUGAUACUAAUUACGAGGAGUAUUAAAAUUUUACAAUGGUAAGGAUUGAGAACAAUGAUUUAGAUGAUUGUUUUACACAUAUUUCUGAAUACUUCAGCAAUCAGCAUUUGUGCUUCUUCAUUUGAGAGCCUACCCAUAUAAUUAUAUUGUUUCUUCGGUCUGUUUUUCUUUGGUAAUCACAUUUAGAUUGAUUUUAGGAUGCUUUAAUUCAACAUUGGAUCAACAGUAUAAAUCUAAUAUUUGUGCUUCUCAACUAAAGAGAAUGACGAUGAGCGUAGAAGGUACGUCCCCCUCCUUCGCCUCCAACUCUGUCAGUGGACCCAUGAUUCAUAUCUAUGUAAUUCAAUGUGUUAUAUUUCUAUCAUUAUUUGCCAUGUUUGAUUCUCUACUUUACUGUAAAUAGUGAAGUCUACAUUGUUAGAAAUUUGGUUUUGGGCAUGAUACGGUGGUCAUCACUACUCAAAUGUCAUGAAAAAGAUUUUUGGAAUUUUUAGUAAAGAAUGUUUGAGGAUAAUGUUGGUUUACUUAAUUUGAGUUUCUUUUAUGUUUUUAAAUUUGUGUUUCAUUCAUAUUUGAGUGGAUAUGACAAAAAAACCUAGUAUGAUCCCAACCUCAUUGGGUUCUUGGGGUCAAGAUGUUCAUGUUUCUGAUAGACAUUUUGGUUCUAACAAACAUUCAACAACGCAGAAUGUCAUACAGAAGUUGUCAUUUUUUACUAACUGUUAAAUGUUACUCGUAUUGUUUACUUUUGUAUGGUAGUCAUGCUUGUGUAUACAAAUAUCAUUUUUAAAAAAAAUAAAUUAGGGAGGCUCUCAGCUAGGCCAGUAUGAAAUGAACAUAACUAAUAUUGACCUUCUUAGUGUAAAAUCAAAGAUAUUCUUUAUCCCAUAUUCUUAUCUUUAUGCCACUGGUGUACUAUACUAACUAACUUUCUUUCUCUUGGUGUUGGCUUCUUGUGGAUCCACUAUGGGACUAUAUGGACUUUGAUUGCUGAUUGAAGUGCUUGCGGGGCUUGCUUUCAUGUUUUCCACGAGCAUUCUGCUACAAAUCCUGGCUUGUGUAUUAUACAACAAUUGGUGGCCGAUGUUGUCAGCUCUUAUGUAUGUCAUGGUGCCUAUGCCUUGUAUGUUCUUUGGUGGUGGAUCCACCCAAAUCUUAAUGAGUAGAGAUGGUGAUGGAUGGAUUAAAGCAGCAAAGUUUCUAACAGGGGCUUCUGCAGUGGGAAGCAUUGCCAUCCCUAUCAUUCUGAAACAUGCAGAUUUGAUAGGGACAGGCGCGAUGUUUAUUGAGUUCACCUCGUUUUUCAUAUUCGUCUGCACUGUCUUGUGUUUCCAUCACGCCAGUCUUGACGAUGGAUGGUGAAGAAGAAGAUGCCCAUUUCUAGUAUGUCUCCAAACUCUCCCUCUUCCAAUUGCUUCUGCAUCUGCUCUGUAACAUUAACUAAUGGAUCCAUGGAGAUGCCAAAUGGAUAAUCUUCCUUGAUGUGUAUAGAAAUCAUAUUGACCUUGUAUUCUCCUUAAUCUGCUAGUAUAACACCCGUGCGUUGCAGAAUUUAACUUGG